AUGCUCCUUCCUUUGCCUGCCUGCAUUUGCUGGUACGAAUAUUCGCUGGACGCAAAGGUGCAGCCCGUCAGCCAAGGACGCCCAGCCCAGUCUCUCUCAUCUACCCGCGCUAAUCCCAAUCAGGACACGUCGUCCAUCGGCUUACGCGUCCCUCUUUCCCUCCCAUCAGCGUCCCGGCCGUCUCUCUCUUUCCCUCCGUCUUCCCUCUUGCGCUCUCUGGUCGUUCUGCUCAGUGCUCCCUCUCCUUCCCUCCUUCCCUCCUUCCCUCCCCCAAUCCCGUCUUUUCACUCCCUUCCCAAAGUACCAAAGUACCAAAGUACCUUCCCCUCGCUCUUGCUCGCCCGUCCUGGGACUCCUGGUCCCUUCCUUCCUCAACUCCCCCCCAAAGCCCACCCCCCUGCUCAGCCCGCCCAGAAUCCGCUUGGGGCCCGCCUUUCCCCCCUGCUGCUCCGAGGACCAGGCACCCAAAUCAUUCAAGAAACGGAGUCCCCUCGCCUAUCUCAACACUCUUCUUGUCCUCUUUUCCUCUUUCUCUCUCCCAUCUCUCGAACCCUCUUUCUUCUCAACUUCAACCAAACCACCAAACGAAACACUCACCUGAGGCAUUGCCAUCUAUCGUCACGAGCCUCACUUACCGAACCGAGUACUAUAUCGAUCAUUCCCUCGUCGUCGCGUACGGGACCCAACAGUCACAACAAAGGUUCGCCACAGACCGGUGCGAACCCCAAUCCACCAACACCCAUCAUACCCAAGGGAUCGAAUUCUCCUUCGACGGCAAUGACGACCUCGAAUCAGAACGUCGAUAACAUCGACGCCCUCCUCGACUUCAGCGAGUAUGACAAUAUGUCUUAUCAGUCUCCCUCGCUCUCUCCUGCGGCGACCGCCAAGAACACCUUCACUCGCCCAUCAGUCAGCACCGUCGCGACCCCGACGAUGCCGUCCGCAUCACAACCCCUUACUGGCCCCAGCCACCAGUAUGAUCUCUACAAGCAGCAGACUGGCAUCGUUCCCGGUGCCCUCGCCAGCACCCUGGCUGUGAACGAGGCCAACUCUCAUAUCAGUGGCUACAACAGCGGCUAUGGAAUGGACUACUUGGGCAAUGGCUUGAGCCCGGAGAACGACAUGUUUGACUUCAACACAUCGCCCUCCCAAAACUCUACCGGCUUGAAUAUGGAUAUGGAGUUUGACUCCCCUCCGGACUCCCAGUACUUCUUCCCCAACCCCACUGUCAAUCCCACUGCCAUCGGCGGACAAGAGUCUCCCGUGGUCCCCUCCCAGCAAAGCAACGUGGGCCGCCUCUGGCCCGGCAUGCACUCCCAGGCUGCGCUUGCCAAGGCCCAGGCCCAGCAAAGACAACAGCAGCAAAUCAUCCAGCAGCAGCAGCAGCGUCAGCAGAUGGGCCAGAAGCAGCGCACCAAGAGCCAGCAGCCUACCGACCCCAUUGUUGAACAGAAGAUCACCCAGCUCCUCAACUCCAUGCGUGCUAAGCCCGCUCAAGAGGGCGACAGCCCCACUCCUCUCAUGAACCUGCCUAGAUGCAAGAAGGACGAGGAGGAUAUGGACGAGGAUGAGAGACUUCUCGCUAGCGAGGAGGGCAAGAAGCUCAGCAGCAAGGAGCGUCGCCAACUCCGCAACAAGGUUUCCGCCCGCGCCUUCCGUUCCCGCAGGAAGGAAUACAUCACUCAGCUCGAGGCCGAGAUUGCCAACAAGGUUUCCGAGAAUGGCGAGCUUCGCCAGCACAACCGUGCUCUCCAGGACGAGAACAAGCGCCUGCAGGAUCUCACCCGCAUGCUCCUCGCUUCUCCCUCAUUCUCCAACUUCCUUGACCACCUCAGCACCAACCCCCAGCCCGCCCCUCAGCAGCAGCAAGCUCCCGCCGUCAAGGUUGAGAGACAAGCCGAGCAGCGCCAGAUUCCCAAAGACAUCAACCCCUACGCCAACCAGACCCAGCAGCAGCAGAUCGGCAUGGCCAUGCUCCCUGAGCAGAACAUGGACUUCUCCAUGCUGAACAUUGACAACGACGCCUACAACUUCCAACCCCAGGUCUUCGCUGUUCUCGAGACCCCGGAUGUUCCCGUUACCAUUGACACCAACGUUCUCUCCGGAAAGUCUUCCAACUUUGUCGGCGAGCAAUUCGAGUCUGAUGACGAGAAGAUCGAGCUCCCCACUAUUGAGGCUCCCAAGGUCCUGGCGCCCGAGGUUCAGUCCCAGGCUCCGGCGACCGAGGAGGUCUUUGAUGACGAGUUCGAGAACGACCCUGAGUUCGCUCUGUACCACUCUGCUCCUGCCCCUGCUACCGUAUCCCCUGUCGAACUUGACACCGAAGCCCUCUCACAAGCUGAGAUCUUCGGAGGUGUCGAAGCCGACAAGGUUCUUGCCCGCUACGAGCUCGUCGAUGCAUCAGAAGAUGAGAAAAACGCAUGUGUGGCCAUGGCCAAGGUGCAACGCAUCGACGCCGCGCUUCAACCAGUUCUCGCCAGAUUGGAGUCGCUUUUCCUCUAA